AAUCUAAAGUAUCGCCGAAGGCGAUCAUGGCGACGCCGAAGGCGAGAAAUAUAUAUGUUGAUGACGAUGCAGGAAAGAUGGUGUUCUUACCAGAAAUAGAUAACCCAAGCAAACAUACUGCAUUUAGUCGAGGUAUCUGCUGUAACGCCCCGCCGUUGACGGAUUCGGACAAGAAGAUUCAGCUGAUUAAGAUGUUAUGUCUGACCGUACUACCAGUACUAGGCGUGUGGUCUUACAGUGUGUAUAUGCUUUCAGACACCAUAUCACUCAAAAGCGAAAACGAGGCAACCAGGAAAGCUUUGGUAUACAGUGUCGAACUUGGAAAGCUGGUCCACCACUUGCAGAAGGAACGGGAUAUGAGUGUUUUAUACCUUAGCGCUCUUCGUCCAGAAACCAAAACUUUUCUUCUGGCAGAGUACAUUGCAACUGACAAGGCGAUAACAAGACUUCCGGUUUGGCCUGGAAACUUGGAUAAACUCGACAGGACGGAGUUUUCAACACGCGCCAAUUUGGUUCAACAUCUUAACCGUAGACGACAAUCUCUGACUCCUUCCGAGGUGUACAUUCAAGAUGAAAUCGACUUCUACACUCGCAUCAUCAAAGUUGUCAUCGUUUGGUUGUACGACUCGAUUAACGAAUCGAAAUUUGCCGUCGUAUGGAAAACACUCGUUGCAUAUCAGAAGUUGACGAGUGCAAAGGAAGACGUAGGAGUGGAAAGGGCUUUAGGGACUAUGUUCUAUGCCAAUGGAGGAUUUGAGAACCAUUUUUACUACCAGAUGUAUUACAGUAGGGUACACAACUUCCGGGCGUAUUACAAGACUGCUCAGUUGUAUUCCGAUCGUGUUCGGUUAUUGUACUCGUAUGUUGUAAGCGAGGCCGGAAAUAACUUAACAGACAUUAUAGAUUCUUUUCGAUCAGAAAUCUUACACAAUGUAAAAGACGGCAAUAACACUUUACCGGAAAUGCAGAAAGCUCGUUGGUGGUUUGAUAAUAUGACAAUGUAUCUCGAUACCUUACUUGAUGUUCAACAAGAUCUUGGAGAGGAAAUUCUGGCGAUUCUUGAUACCGUAAUUGAAAAAGUCCAGACUGAUUUAGCCGUUAGUGCCACUCUUCUCGUGGUGGUCAUCCUAAUGUGUCCAUUUGUCAUCUAUAUGACUGAGUACGUCACAUCCGUUUUCCAUAAAUAUGCUCUAACCUUGAUUGAUAAGACGAAAGAGUUGGCAAGAGAAAAAGCGAGAACUGACUCUCUUCUAUAUCAGAUGAUACCAAAACCUAUUGCCGACCAAGUUAAACAUAGCAAGAACAUCAAACCCGAAUACUUCAAAGUAGUCACAGUUAUGGCCUCUGAUGUGUGUGGCUUCUAUAAGAUGUCAUUAGAAUGUUCGGCACUGCAGAUUGUCGAUUUGCUGAAUACCCUAUACGAAGCCAUUGAUAAACUGUCGGAGUCCUAUAAUAUGUACAAAUUAGAAACUCUUAAUGAUUGUUACAUGGCUUUAUCAGGGCUACCUGACAGAAAUAAGUACCACGUGACAGAAGUUGCAAAUUUCGCUCUCCAGUUAAUCGACUUGAUCAGUAAACGGCAGUUCAUCGUAAACGAGGAUCGCAUUGUUCAAGUCAGGAUUGGGAUUAACUCAGGGCCUUGUGUGGCAGGUAUUGUCAAUACCGUGAUGCCGCGUUACUGUGUGGUUGGUGAAACGGUUAACAACGCAGCAAGAAUGAUGUUCUACAGCACGGCGAACAGAAUAAAUAUUAGCCAUGGAACCUAUACAGCGCUAGAGAGGACUGGGAACUACAUCUUGAAAAAGAGAAACAAACAGGGCAAAAACAGCAUGUACUGGCUGAUCAGAAAAAUUGAAAACGGGAACAAAGACUCCAUUAGAUCAUCUUCGUCAUCAGAAUCAGAAUCGGAGUCCGAAAACUCGGAACCCACUGUGGACCAGAACAACUCUGCCGAGGAAAGUCAGCAAGAGGAUAUUCCGUUUCCUUUUCGAGCCAGACUUCCAAUGCCGAACUAUAACGAAGAAGAAGAUGUCCAACUGAGCAGGAACAAGCAGGACAUGUACGCGGAGACUCAGCAAAAACCGGAAGAGGCAGUGCCGCCAUCACUUUCCUUCCAUAAAUCAAAAGACGACAAUCACAGUAACCUCAACGAUCUUACGAAAGACGUACAGUACAACAACGUUAAGUUAGCACUAAAUUUGGUAUAACAUACUCAAGUUAACGAAGCACGCGUAAGCCAUAAAUGUUAAGGAAGAAAGU